CAUGUUCAACUCUAAACCGGUGAUUAUAAAAAGGCCGAACAAUAAAACUGUCCAUUUAGGACAAAAUGUUACUAUUCAUUGCGAGGCGAACAGAAAUGGUAGGGUGUAUUGGAAAAAAUACGAUAAUUUCACAAGACAGUUUAAACUUCUCGGUUCGGCUGAAAGAGGAAAGUACGAGCAAAGAAAUAAAUCGACCGUUCUUGUUGUUUUUAACUUUUCCGCUGAAGAGGAUGCCGUAUAUCUGUGUACAACUUCAGCUAGCCGUAAUCAUCCGGAUAGAACAGUCUAUUUUAGAUUAAAAUUGGCUCGUGAGGUUAAAAAAGAAAAACAUUCGUCACUCGAAACAUGGAAAAUCAUUGUUAUUUCCAUUUGUUGCUUUGUGUUCGCUAUUAUUAUUGUAUGCUCUACCGUUUUUUACAUAUGGCAUAUGGAUAAGAAAAUGAGAAGAUGCCAUAAGAAAUUAAUUGUUAUGAAACCAAACGAAAAUUAUGCUUUUAACGAAUAUUCUACGAGCUCUCCUCUGGAUAAUAUACAAGUUGGAUUAGUACCAAUGGAGGAUGACGGUCGUGUUCACCAUAUUUAUGGAAAUACAAUUGCCCAAUUGCCGGAAGAUGAACAAUUUUUCUACGAAUGGAAGGAUAUGGAUUUGGGUAAUUUAAUAGGUCAGGGAGCAUUUGGCCAAGUCUUUAAGGCUGAUUUAAGUCAACUUCACGGUUCAAUACCUGUAGCUGUGAAAAAACUUAGAGAAAAUGCUACAGACCGGGAUGUUAUAGACAUGUGGAAAGAGUUUGAACGCAUGAAGACAAUCGGUAGCCAUAUAAAUAUUAUUAGCCUGGUUGGCUAUACAACUUUCGAGGGAAAUAUGUACUUGAUAACAGAAUACGCCGAGCACGGUAAUCUGCAGUUGUACUUGAGAAGGCACUCGCCGCCUGCCGGAAGCGACGGUAUACUGGAUUAUAAAGAUCUCGUACACUUGGCGUGGCAGAUUGCCAGGGGUAUGGAAUACUUAUCCAACAGGCAGUGCAUACAUCGCGACCUAGCCGCCAGGAAUGUUUUAGUAGCUUCUAACGGGGUAGCUAAGAUAGCUGAUUUCGGCCUAUCAAGAGAUUUAACGGAGACAGAGUAUUACCGCUUGAGGCCUGGGGGUAGAAUACCGAUUAAGUGGGUGCCGCCAGAAACACUUUUUGAUUUUAAGUUUACUAUAAUGUCUGAUGUUUGGGCAUAUGGAGUGGUUUUAUGGGAGAUAUUUUCCUAUGGGGCCGAACCAUACGAAGACCAUGAACCGGCUGCCUUGUUUGUAUUACUAAAUAACGGUUAUAGAAUGCCUAAAGCCAAAUACAUGAGCGAUGAAAUUGCCGAAAUUAUGACAAUGUGUUGGAAAGAGGAUCCCAAUGCAAGACCAUAUUUUUCCGCCAUUUCAUCAGCUACUGAUAAAAUAAUUGAACGACUAGUUACUUACGGGCAGUCAUAUAUGGAAGAGAGGUCGGUGGACGAAGAAUCGGAUGAACUAACCCAACUGCUUAGCCGUUCCGCAACUGAAACGAAGUCGCCAAGAGCUUCGUCAAGCGAUAGUCAAUAUUCAUCAAUGCCGGAUGAACAGCUAAAGGACGGAUUUGACCACUUUUUACCAGAGACUGAUGUACUGCCUAUUGCAGUUGCUGUAGGUGCUGUUGUUGUCAGUGCUGUGUUGGCCAAAAUUUUCUUAUUCGGAAAAAAGAAAAGGCCUGUUACUCUGAAGGAACCUUCUGUCAAAUAUCCCUUAAAGUUGGUUUACAAAGAGGAUAUUAGUCAUGAUACUCGUCUCUUCCGUUUUGCCCUUCCUAGUAACGAACAUAUUUUAGGACUUCCAACUGGACAGCAUAUAUAUCUGAGUUGCAGAAUUGACAAUGAACCUGUCGUCAAACCAUAUACCCCAGUAAGCAGUGAUGAGGAUCUUGGGAAAGUAGACUUGGUCGUAAAGAUUUAUAAAGCUAAUGUCCAUCCAAAGUUCCCGAAUGGUGGCAAAAUGUCGCAAUACCUUGAUGCUAUGUCCAUCGGCGACAGCAUUGAUUUUAGAGGCCCGAAUGGAAAACUAGUAUACGAGGGUAAAGGUCAAUUUAAGAUUCAAAAAGAUAAAAAGUCUCCUCCAGAGGCAAAGUCUUUCAAGAAUCUUGCAAUGAUUGCUGGUGGAACUGGUAUUACUCCUAUGAUGCAGUUAGCUCGACAAAUCCUAAAGGAUCCUGAAGAUAAUACAAAAUUGACAUUAAUAUUUGCCAAUCAGACGGAAGAAGAUAUUCUUUUGCGUAACGAAAUAGACGAUUACGAAGCUAGAUAUGGCGAUCAAUUCAAAGUAUGGUAUACUUUAGAUAGACCUCCACAAUCUUGGACUUAUAGCUCGGGAUUCGUAAACGAUCAAAUGAUUGCGGACCGUCUUUCUCCACCCGGCGACGAAACCAUUGUGCUUAUGUGCGGUCCACCACCAAUGAUUGAUUACGCUUGUAAGCCAAAUUUGGACAAACUCGGUUAUAAAGAAGAAAACCGAUUCUCUUAUUAA